CAUCACAUAGAGAGCACAGGAGGAGACACAAAGAAGUUAAAAAAGGAAACAAAAAAUGGUUUCUGUCGCAACCAUAAUCUCUCUCUAGAUCAACUACCACUAUCUAAACUCUAAACCCUUACCCCUUGCCUCUUCAACACAGUCAAUAAUCAUCAGCACAUCUCAAAAACACACAAAACACCACUAAAUACUGCAAAAACAGAUUUUCAUCAAAAUAUCUCAAAAAAAUGGAUUCAGAUUUUCAGCAACACCAAUACCAACACCAUUUUCAAGAUUUCCCUCAUCAGAAACAACAAUCAACUGGUCUAACUCGAUUCCGAUCAGCACCAAGCUCAUAUUUCUCAUCUUUUCUUGAUGGUUCUUCUGAUUCAAUCACUUCUACUGAUCAAAGACGAGAUUUUUCGAAUGCUACACCGUUAAGUCCUGAAACAGAGACCAUUUUUGCUCGGUUCAUGUCUAGUAUUGGUGCAGAAAAUACCAAUUCGUCGCAAAAACUAUGUAAUAUACCGGAAAAUUCUGCAGUGCAAACGGAUUUUACCGUGAAAAUAAAGCAAGAAAGUGAUAUUACACAACAACCCAUGAUGUAUCAUAGUCAAUCGAAGCCACCGUUGGCGAAUCAACGUAAUUCUGGUGUGAAAAGUUCGAUGGGGAUACAGUCUAUUCCCCAGAUGAAAACUGGUUUUGGUGGUGGGGUUAAUACUAAUAAUAGUCCAAGUCUUGCUCGUUUUAAUAGCUCCCCUGCUGGGUUUUUCUCUAACUUGAAUAUUGAAGGUUUUGGAGUAAUGGGAGGGACGGGAAACUAUGGAGGAAGUACUCAAAUGAAUUUCUCAUCUGGGCUUCCUUCUUCUACUUCAGAGCUAUUGAAUCAAAACCCAGAUGUUGGAUCAGAAAGAAUAUUCAGCAAUUCUAGCAACAAUGAUAGAAACUAUCCGUUCCCUAUGAACUCAUGGGAUGAUACAACUGUAUCAGAGAAUUUUGAAGACAACAAGCCAUUAUUUUCUGAGCUAAAUUCAUCAGAAAAUCAGAGUGGAGAAGCAAAAAACUGCCCUCCGGUUUUGACUCAUCAUCUCAGUCUACCGAAGACAUUACCAGAUUUAUCAAAUAUAGAGAACUUCUUACAGAAUCAAGACAUAGUAACUUGCAGAAUAAGGGCUAAGAGAGGAUGUGCUACUCACCCAAGAAGUAUUGCUGAGAGGGUAAGAAGAACUAGAAUUAGUGAAAGGAUGAGGAAGCUUCAAGAUUUAGUUCCAAACAUGGACAAGCAAACAAACACAGCAGACAUGCUAGAUUUGGCUGUAGAGUAUAUCAAAGAUCUUCAGAAGCAAGUUGAGACCAUGAUCAAUGAUCGAGCCAAGUGUGUAUGUCAAAAGGAAAAAACUUAGUUAAUCCAGAAGGUGGAUAGAUGUACACGAGCUUUCUUGCCAAAUAUACAAUCCAACAAUAAUAAUAAUAAUAAUAAUAAUAAUAAUAAUAAUAAUAGUGGUGAAAAGAAUGGUAAAAGAGCAAAAGUUGAACACUACAAAUAAUCUUCACCACAUGAUCAGACAUGGAAGAAAGUAAAAAAAGUUGCACUUAUCAUAUCCAUAAUACACGGUAAUAUCUACAUUCAUAAACGGCUUUGUAUAAACGAGAAUCCACGUGUAUGUAUGUUGAUCAUUAUUAUGUGCAAAUAUUCAUAUAUAUUCAAGCUUUUUAAGCUUUAUCAUGUGUA